GUCAAGCUCCAACCAGGCCGAUAACACCCGUUUCAGGGACAUCACCGACUAUAUUCCUGCAAGCAGUUAUAAAUUACCUGAAAAAAUGCGGUAUCAAACACACGGUAACCAACAAUGGGAGAAGCCAAGCUGUGGCUAAUGAAGGGUGCAAAGCAAACAACAAUGGUAUAUGCAAGAGGGAUUGGGGUGAAAAGUAUCCACCAUCAAUUGGAUUAAUCCAUAAAGAACCGCCUCAUUGUGCAGUUUCGAGGUUCAUUACAAACAUGCUUGCUUGCGAUGAUACUGUUUUAAAAAGAAAUGGGUCAAUCAUUACAAACUGAUAUUGGCAGUUGCGUCUGGUCAGGACAUAAAGGAUGAGCUUAUUCCUGCUGCGGAUUUAUCAUCAAGUGUGAUGAGGUGCAUCCAGAGAGCAUUACAACAGAAAGACGAUGCUAUGUACUGCGGAUGGCUAGAUAGGUUCAGGGGGAUUUUUGAUCCAAAAUUUGUUGAGGAAGUCUGCCGAGACGAUGGUGAAACUGACUAGGACUACAUCGACACAAUGAUGAACUCGGAAUCGAUUGGAUAGAAGAUAGAAUGGUUGAAGAAGUUCUGGUUCCCCGUGGAUUUUAUGGACUGCUGGUCAAUGUAUCUUAUGGAUAAGGACACAAAGGUGAUGAUGGUGCUUGACCCAACCGAGACAGAUGAGAUGGACGAGAUGCAGAUGAAACAUGAGGACCACGCUAAGAAGUUCCAGCUUAGGUUCUGCUCUCUGAUGAACAACUACUUCGGCAAUGGGAUUGUUGAUCCCAAUGGAUGGAAAAUUGUACAUCCGCUGGUGGUGCAACAUGAGCCGUGCAGCAGGGAGGACAGUGGAAUUUACAUAACACACUACUUCACCAACUUCACUGGGUUGUACCUCCGAUCUACGCUGAACCAGGAACAUAUUGACCAGAAGCGCAAGAAGCUGGCAUACGAAAUAGUGAGCAUGAAAGGUAACAAAGGGGACAUACCAGAUUUCCUCUUUGACGUGAUCAUCGAUUAACGAAGUUGCCUUCGGCUGUGCAAGACCUUUUGGUACUCGUGUUGUGCUCCUACGACUGUUCCGACAGUAGGGUAGCAUGACGUUUUGGUUGACGUAUGACGCGGUAGCGAAGACUGCCUGCAGAAAGGGGAUUACUGUAAUAUCAGAUCUUCUCAAGAGAUAGACCUAUAGUAGUAGACCCUGGUUAUUAUAUCGUAUAAUUUGAGACUAUCUGAAUUUGAUGGUCAGACCAUGCAGCAUGUACUUUGUGGAAAAUGCUAUGCAUUAGUUUCUAAAUGCCAU